UCUAAACGCCCUUUAUUUCUCGUAUAACUACUGCAUGCCAUCUAGAACUGUUCCCCCCACACAUUUUGCAGCUCAAGUCAUAUCAAUUGAUGUUUUCAUAUAUUAUAUAGGUACCUAGGUAUACAUUAAUGGUAAGGUGGCAGCCGUCCUAGCAAAGUGUUCGAUAUCGCGUCUAUACCGCACAAGUCAGAUCAAUUGAUAUCUUGAUAUAUGUAAAAAGGGUGCGUGGGUAUGUGUCUACAUAUAACAUUCUUUUAGACUGGCAAUUCAUUUCGAUGUCGAAACAAGAUUCCUAUGUCGUGAAACAGCCUAUCAGCGUUGGUGCUUGGGCUGACUCGCGCCGCACGCGCCUGAAAGCUGCGCCGAUACCGCUAUGCCAACCAACACGAUCGACAUAUAAUAACUCAGGAGCCCCCGAUACUAUACAACUUCAUAGACCACUUCGAAGCGGGAGAAUAUUGAUUUUGAUGCACGUAAAGGGGGUGCAGCAUUCGAGACACAUUCAAUCACUCGGUGGAACGAGAGGACGUGGCAUCAGAGGCUGA